AUGGGAAGCGUGGGUAUUUGUUUAUGGCAGCGUAGAAACGAAUGUAGGAAAGAAAAUGAAAAACGUCCUCCGAUUGAGCUGGAGCAGUUCUUGAACGAAUAUGUUAAAACAGGAAAGGUACGUUUUCUGUGUUCUCUAAAAUUUGAUAAAAUUUAGGUGUCCGCUAUGGUAAUACAUCCACAUUUUGAAGUGAUCGAUGUAUUUCUAACAAAGGAUAAGGCAGAUGACUUCCAAGCACAAGCGAAGAAAUUCCUAAGUACGGUAAGUGUGUUAUGCUAUUAAAUCCUUGUAUUUAGUUCUCGUCCGGUCCCGAAAGAUACGCAAAAGAUCCAGAUCUCCGAGUCUCCUUUAAAUGUGACGAAAAGCAACUUGAAACCGCGAUAUCGGAAGCUCAGCAGGCCUUUAGUGGAACAUCCGAGAUCAAAGUUGAACUGAACUCGUUCCCGGGACCCAAAGAAAUUGGAUUCAUUGUGCUGUCAUCAGUUAUCGCCAUCGUUCUUGUUGGUUCCUUUAAUCUUUAG